CUGUCAGCGAUGUAUGCAACAGCGUUCAGUAGCUGAGCUGUGUUGCGACCUCACCAUGCACAUCCACUGGAAGCUGAUUACGCUGAUACUUGCACUGACUCUCGAUGGCCGUGUUCAUGCAGGGCAAAUCUUUGGAGGCCAUGAGGCUGUGGCACAUAGUCGGCCGUACAUGGUGGUUUUGGACCUGCACAAACAGGAUGGAAGAAAAACAAACUGUGCCGGCUUCCUGUUGAAUGAGGAUUUUGUGAUGACCGCAGCCCACUGCCAAGCACAGUCCUAUACAGUCAAACUAGGAGUUCACAAUAUCCACAACAACAAUGAAAUACAGUGUGUGUCUGUGCAACAGACAUUUCCACAUAAAGACUACAAUGAAACUGGUUACAGAAAUGACAUAAUGCUUCUUAAGUUGAGCUCCAAGGCAAACUUCAGCAACCAUGUGAAACCCAUUGCUCUCGCAGGCCAAGCUGAUGACUCUCUGCCUAAAUCGUGCAUAGUCUCCGGCUGGGGAAUAACAGACAAGAAUAGUAAAUUCAUGUCUGACGUACUCAUGGAGGUCAACGUAACACUCAUUGACAAUAAGCAGUGUGCUAAGGACAACUUGUACUGCUCUGAGGGAGAAACUGGACCGCGUAAGGGAGACUCUGGGGGUCCACUGGUCUGCGAGGACGGAAAGGCAUACGGGGUGGUGUCCUCCUGCUUCAAACCAAACUCAGGCGGCCCGCUGAUCUAUUCUUUCGCUAAGAUUUCUGACUACAGAAGCUGGAUCGAUCUGAUCGUCAAAAAUGCUUGAAAAAGAUCCAAUACGUGCAGCAUUUGAUUGAUCAGUUCACAUCAUCUGACUACACAGUAGUUUGGUUCAGUAGUGUAAUAUUGGAGAGCUGAAAACUGAUGCUUCUAUCAUGACUGACUCCAUCACAAGACUUCUGGGCAUGCUUGCUUUGAACAGAUUUAAUGAACACAUGUUUUGUUUGCAGGUAUAUCAAUGAUUUGGUUCAUUUAAGAAAGUGAGAUGUGGCUUUUUAUGGUACAGAUGUUUUUUUUUUGUUUUUUUGCAACUUUAUUGUCAGACAAAUUAGAAAUAUAAACUAAGCACAUACAGGUUUUUUUUUUUAAGGCUGGACUUAACACAAAUUAAACAUGCAUUAAAAUCACGAAGUGUACACUUAAUAGUGUUUAAUAGAUGCGAUAUAUGUGAUAUUAGAUAUUGUACGCCAUCCUGCUCUUAAAUAUGACAUUAUAUUCAUUAAAUGCAUCACCGCUUUGUGCAUCAUCUCUUGGACUCAAUCAAAUGAGGAACAGGAUCCUGUAAGUUUGUUUUGUUCCAUCUUUUUAAUAAACUGUUGCUCUCA